GGGCUGAGGCGCCGGCCCGAGCGGCUGGGGGUGGAGCCGGGGAGGGGAAAGUCCAGGCCCCCGGGGGUCGGGAAUGGGGCUGACUGGCUUCUGGGGAAAGGUCCCUGCCUAACGCGCCUCUCCCCUCUUCUCACCCGCCCGCUACCAGGGGGCUAUCAGGGACUAUCGCCAUCCACCCUCCUCCGGGACCAGGCUCCGGACUCUCCGGUCUUUUCGAGGAGGAGCCGCCGGACCGGGACCGGGGCCAGGGCCGCGGCCGCCGCUUGCAUCAUAACACAAGUGCCUUCAACCUUUUUUGAGGAUUUCUGAGAAUGAAAUAACUAAGAAGCAAUCUAGAUGAUGAAAAUGAUAUUGGAGAAUUCUGCUUCCUGUGAAAGAAAAUGAAGACAAAAUUGAAAUUCUUAACUAUAAAUUAGAUGGAUUUAUGUUAUUUUCUGUGAAUUAAAGUGAUUCAAUGUCUCUUCUGGAUUGUUUCUGUACCCCACGGACACAAGUUGAAUCAAUCAGACCUGAAAAACAGUCUGAAACCAGCAUCCACCAAUACUUGGUAGAUGAGCCAACCUUCUCUUGGGUGCCCUCCUCUCCUGGAGGCAAUGAAAUGCCAUUGUGCUCUUCUAAUGUUUCUCACUAUGAACUCCAAGUAGAAAUAGGAAAAGGAUUUGACAAUUUAACUUCAGUCUACCUCGCACGUCAUACUCCCAGUGGAACAUUAGUGACUAUAAAAAUUACAGACCUGGAAAAUUGUUCUGAAGAACAUUUGGAAGCUUUACAGAAUGAAGUAACACUCUCCCACUUUUUCCGGCACCCAAACAUUACAACAUACUGGACAGUGUUCACAGCUGGCAGCUGGCUUUGGGUCAUUUCUCCAUUUAUGGCUUAUGGUUCUGCAAGUCAACUCUUGAGGACUCACUUUCCUGAAGGAAUGAGUGAAACUUUAAUAGGAAACAUUCUCUUCGGAGCAGUGAGAGGGUUAAACUAUCUGCACCAAAAUGGCUGUAUUCACAGGAGUAUUAAAGCCAGUCACAUCUUAAUUUCUGGAGAUGGCCUUGUAUGUCUCUCUGGCCUUUCCCGGCUCUACAGUUUGGUUAACCAUGGUCAAAGAUCUAAAGCUGUGUAUGAUUUUCCUCCGUUCAGUACGUCAGUUCAUCCAUGGCUGAGUCCAGAACUACUAAGACAGGAUCUAUAUGGAUACAAUGUGAAGUCAGAUAUUUAUAGUGUUGGCAUUACAGCAUGUGAAUUAGCCAAUGGGCAGGUACCUUUUCAAGAUAUUCACCGGACUCAGAUGCUGUUACAAAAACUAAAAGGUUCUCCUUCUUGCCCAUUGGAGAAAAAUGCAUCCCUUCAAGCAGAAUCCAGAUUAAAAAACUCCCGCUCUGGUGUAGACUCUGGAAUUGGAGAAAGUGUGCUGGUUUCUAGCCUGACACACACAGUGACUAGUGACAGACUGCAGACUCCUUCCUCAAAAACUUUUUCUCCUGCUUUCCAUAGUUUGGUAGAGCUGUGUUUGCAACAAGACCCUGAAAAAAGACCAUCAGCAAGCACUUUGCUGUCACAUGCGUUUUUCAGACAGAUAAAAGAACAAACCCAAGAUUCAAUACUUUCAUUACUGCCUCCUGCUUACAGCAAAUGGCCAGUGGCAGUGCCUCCGAUGUCAGCCUGGACUGAGCCUAAUCGUAUUCUUACUGAUGAAGAAGACAUUGGCUGGGAAUUCUAGAGAUGCCAAAUCACUCUUGUGUCCUAUUUACUUGACCUCUUUGCUGCUUUUUCUCCAUAUUGGCUAAGUCCAUAUGCCAGAGCCAUACUUGAAAACACAGUUGUUGCACUGGAAAUUAAUUUUAAACCACUCUUUUCCAAGGGGGCAGCCUUUCCAGGUGGCUCUAAGUGCUAUCACAAGUACUGGAAACUUCAAAAUUAGGAAUUUGGUUGCUUUCUCAUGUCCUUCAGUUGUGUAUUUUGUUCAAACUGUGAUUGAUUCCUCUCUUAAUUUCCCAAUGUAAUGUUGACCUAUUUUCUCAUGUUCUUGGCUGCUUUCAGUGUGAAUAGACCCUCCAAGGAGGACAGACAGUGCCUCACCAAGUACAUCUUUUUCUUCUAGUCUUCUAAGCCUUUUGGCCUCCCAUCAGGGCAGGUGACUAAUAAUUCAUCUUGGUGUAAAGCUAUUUUAAGUAGAAGAAAAAAGGUUUAUGUUUUUUUCAUUGUCUCCUGAUAAUAUCUAUUCUCUGUCAAUCUGAGCCUGACAUUAAAUGAUUCACUUGUAUUUCUAUAAAUGAAUAUGCAGGUUUUUUUUUCCUUUUCAAAUGCCUAAUUAGUUGUACUUUUCUACCUUUGUAAACUAUAAAACUUAAAUCUAUGCACCCUGGUUGCCUUCAGUGAAUAUUCAUUUGAGUUUAUUCCAUCAACUUGAUUUCCCUUUGUGUACUAUGACCCAGCGUUAGCACAGGAUGCUUUUUCUUAUAUUUCUAGUUAGAAAGAGCCUUAACACAGACUACUAGAUUUGUUUGAGAUGUAAAAAUAAUACUUACGGAGCACUGUCUUUAUUCUUUAGGAUCUUAUAGUCUAGACUAGAUGACUAGUCUAGAGCAGGAAUUCUUUUUUUUUCCAUAUAAAUAUUUUAUUAUUUUCCAGUUACAUUUAGAGAUAGUUUUCAGCAUUUGUUUUGAUAAGAUUUCUAGUUUCAGAUUU